GCCCAGCUUGACUGAUAAGAGCUAAAGAAAACCGCUCUAAGCCUCCCCGACGUGCGGGAUUCUCGUCAUGUCAUUUGCUCGGAACGCGGGUGCUUCCGCCGAAGAAUGUUUCUAGCUCGUCUGAAGCUAUGUCCUCAACAAUUGUUCUAGGGCGAGAUCCACUGGGGGGGUUCGGGAUGCGGCCUGCCGACUGUGCCGCUUGGGAAUAAGGAGGCGAGGGGAUUCUUGCUUAUAGGAGAGGUGCCCCCGAUGGCUUUCUUCGCGUUAUCACUCUGAAGCUGUGCUGGAAAUCUCGGCAUGCUCGGUGGCGGUCAUGAUCAGCUAAUUAGUAGGGGUUUAUAUAUAUAGCCCCUAUGAACCUGCUCUCUAAGGUUUGAAUUAAAUCCUACAUUAAUCUACUAUUUCUCCUAUCACUCGGGUUCAUAAUAAUUCUGGUUUACUCAUAUCUUACUUCUAUCUUUCACCACCCCUCUCUUAACCUCAAUUCCUCCCCCAACCACUCGAAACAUGGCCUCAUGGACUCCCCCAGCCACGGCCGGCCGCCCCAUCGCCAUCCUAGGCGCAGGCGUCCUCGGCCGCCGAAUGGCCCUCAUGUUCACAGCUGGCGGCCACGAUGUUCACAUCCGCGACCCCUCCUCCGACCAACUCUCCGCGGCCCUAACCUACAUCACCGAGACCAUCCCCUCCAUCGCCCAACCCGGCGUCACCCCCGGCACCGCGCACGCCUUCUCCUCCCUCUCCGAAGCUGUCAAAGACGCCUGGCUAGUAAUCGAAGCCAUCCCCGAGGUUCUCUCUCUCAAAAUCAGCACUUUCGCCGAGCUGGCCGCGCUGGCCCCACGGGACUGCAUUCUCGCCACCAACUCGUCGUCUUAUAAGUCUAGCGCUAUGCUCGAUGAGGUCCCCGAAGCGGACAAGCCACGCGUGUUGAACAUGCAUUUCUUCAUGCCCCCCGCCAAACGCGUCGUGGAACUCAUGACCAGCGGCGUCACCCACGCCUCCAUCUUCCCAUUCCUCUAUGGGGAGCUGACGAGGGUCAAAAUGAGUCCUGUGGUCGUCAAACGCGAAUCAACCGGGUUCUUGUUCAACAGAAUCUGGGCAGCUAUCAAACGCGAGUGCCUCACUGUUAUAGCUGAGGGUGUUGGGAGCCCAGAGGACAUCGACGGGGUGUGGACGCAGAUGUUCGGUAGCGCCGAGGGGCCGUGCAAACUAAUGGAUCAAGUCGGUCUGGACACCGUGGCGCAUAUCGAGGAACAUUAUAUCGAGGAGCGGGGCUUUGAUCGCAGCGCUCGCGACUUCGUGGUGCGCGAGUACGUCGAGAAGGGGAAGCUGGGCAAGAAAUCCGCGGCGGGGGGGCUGUACCCCCCUCAGGCAGAAGAGGAAAAGGGGCGGGGACUGUAUAUCCUCGAUCUCGGCCUCACCAACCUCUCCGCCCCCAUGUCAUCCGGGCGCGUCCUCGUCGGCUCCAUCGACGGCAAGACUCCCCUGACAACCAUCGCCUCAGGGGAGUCACUACCAGACGGUAUCGCAACCCUAGGAAACCGCAUCUACUGGACCUCCAUGGGGCCUCCCUCUACCAACACCGGUUCGAUCCGCUCUUCCCUCCCCGACGGUACGGGUGUUACGACGAUCCUGGCGCCGGGGGAGGUACAUACACCGAAACAAAUCACAGCGGAUCGCACAAACGGAUACCUCUACGUCUCCGAUCGCGAAGGCAUGCGCGUACUCCGUUUCCGCCCCGAUGGCACCGAUCUCACCACCUUGGUGCAGACUGGGGAUUUCAACAACCCCACCCACAAAUCCGAUCAGACGAGGUGGUGUGUGGGUAUCGCUGUGGACCCUGUUCAUCGGAUGGUUUACUGGUCUCAGAAGGGACCUAGCAAGGGGGCCCAAGGCCGGAUCAUGCGCGCUUCCCUUGACAUCCCUAGGGGCGAAACAGCAGAGACUCGGACGGAUAUCGAGGUCCUCUUCUCUGGACUCCCCGAGCCAACAGAUCUCGAAAUAGACACCACCUCACAAACCCUCUACUGGUGCGACCGCGGCGAGUUACCCCUAGGUAACACCGUUAACUGCGCCAGCGUGACGCGCAACGCUGUGUCAGGGGAGGGAAAAUCGGAGCUAGAGCGGAAACUGGGGUAUAAAAUCCUCCUCGCAGGACUGCAUGAGGCGAUUGGGUUACAGGUUGAUGUCGCGAAUGGGUUCAUCUACGCGUCGGAUUUAGGGGGAGGGGUGUAUAGGUUUAACAUCGACGGGUCUGGAAAACAAAGGAUAUACGAGGGGGAGUGCGCGUUUGCUGGUAUAGCUCUGGCAUAGUGUUAGCAUAGUAUAGUCUAGUCUUACAGGAGGCAAAUAAAAUAUCGUAACGUGAUUGUGACGCCGGAGAAUAUAUUGAUAUACCUAUAUGGAAUUGAACAGCU